GCUAAAGAUUCUUUUGUCAAGCCCAAAAAGUUCUAUUUGGAGGCUGCGUAAAUUUUCUCUGACAUUUUUUUUUCUUUUUGGGUCUGCAAUUUUCUCUGACAUUACCUUGGAUGUAGAGAAAUUAGUUUCUAAUUUUUCUGUUUUUGGGAUAGAGAGAAGAAAAAUCUGUUCCGUUCUUGUGUAUACACUGCAUAUACUAUGGUUUUCAGUUGUGAUGCAUACAUAAUAAUAACAAUAAUAAUAAUGAUACAAAACACAAAGGAAGACCCUGAAUUGUGUUUUGCUGUUCUUUUCUGUUUUUUGCUUUAAUUUCUAUUCUGAUUCUAUGGUCCAGAUUAGAUUUAUACUUCUGAAUUAACCUCAAUGUUAAUUUUUACCCAAAAUAGUUAAUAAAUUUUUAUCAAUAUGAACAAACAAAUGUUAAACUCUGAGAUUGACAUUGAUUCUGAUUUGAGCCAAAAUAACAAUUAAGAUACAUGAUACAUCAAUUUUCUAGGACCAGUUCACAAUCUACUAUUUUAUUACGAUUUAUAUCAUAAUGCAUAUGAACUGGUAUUAAAUAAUGGAAAGUUUUAAUCUUUGAUAAAAAUUAAGGGGGAAAAAAAAAAACUACGGAGAUUAAGAAAAUAAAUAAUUAAAAUAAUGUGCUUUUCCAAAGGAGGGACGUGGCUAUGAAACAAAGUUCUUGGUAUUGUCAAACAAUGACCAAAGAAUUUUCCACAUUGGACCCCAUUUGUCAAACAUCAUAUGGAGAUGGACUCCUCCUUUGAAGUCGAGGAGGGGGAGGAGAGCUGUACGGACGGCAACCACAACAACAACCUCAAAUUCACGUUUAGAUUUGAGAAUCCGAAUCAGAUAUAUAGAAAAAGCUUGCCCAUUUUUUCACACCUCAGCUUUGAUUAUUUGGAGUUUGGACAAGGGAAAGAAGAUCUAAAUGCUAGAGUAGAAUGACGAGCUGUGCGGAGGAAGGUGGUUGUCCCAGCGACUACAUAGCUAUUUCCAUCUCGGCAAUCUGCAUGAUUCUGCUCCUGUCAAGAUUAAUAUCACCAUUUGUGGUUCACAAGGUUCCUCGUUCGAAAGGCAGUGGCUUCUGGAUUCCAGUAAUUCAAGUUUUUGCCAGCUGUAACCUUCUAUUGUCAAUUGUGCUAUCCGUCAAUUUUCUGGAUUUCAAGAAGAAGUAUUGGUGGCAGUCUUGCUAUGUAUGGGCAGUCUGGGUUGAAGGUCCACUAGGUUUUGGUUUGCUGCUGAGCUGUCGCAUAUCACAAGCCUUCCAACUAUAUUACAUUUUUGUCAAGAGGUGCCUACCACCAAUUAGAUCUUAUAUUUUUCUUCCUCUACUUCUCUUUCCAUGGAUAGCUGGGGCUGCAUUUAUACAUAUCAGAAAACCUCUAAACAAUCUGUGCCACAUGGGGACCUGGUGGAUAAUUCCAGUUGUGUGCCUCCACACAUUGUAUGUUGCCACUUUGGUUGGGUUCACUGCGGCUAUUCGGCAUAUAGAAUUCAGGUUUGAUGAACUCAGAGACCUGUGGCGGGGAAUUCUCAUUUCAGCCUCCACUAUUGGAGUGUGGACUGCAGCUUACAUUUUGAAUGAAGUUCAUGAUGAUGUCUCAUGGCUUCAAGCUGCCUCCAGAUUUCUGCUAUUGGUCACAGCAAGUAUUCUUAUAUUAGCUUUGUUCUCUCUAUCAAGUUCACAACCUCUACUCUCACAAAUCAGCUUGAGGAGAAGAGAACCUCUAGAAUAUGAGACAAUGGGUCAGGCUCUUGGCAUACCUGAUAGUGGAUUGCUAUUGCAAAGAGAAAAAGCUUUAGUAAUAGAUCCUAGUGAACCACUAGAUAAAUUACUUCUGAACAAAAGAUUCCGCCACUCUUUCAUGGCAUUUGCAGAUAGUUGUUUAGCUGGGGAGAAUGUGCAUUUUUAUGAUGAAGUGCAUGAACUCAGUAAAAUACCUGUAGAAGACACCGUGAAAAGGAUUUACAUGGCACGGCAUAUUAUUGAAAAGUACAUAAGUGCAGGAGCAACAACGGAAGUAAACAUAUCUCACCGAAGCCGACAAGAAAUUUUGACCACUUCUAAUCUGGCAUGCCCAGAUCUUUUUAAUAAUGCAUUAAAUGAGUUGAUACAAUUGAUGAAAACAAAUUUGGUUAGAGAUUACUGGUCGUCAACGUUUUACUUGAAGUUCAAAGAAGAAUCGAGCAUGCGAUCAAAUAGCCAUGAGCUGGAACAAAUGAGAGGAUGGAACUACUCUCCUAGGUUGAGUUCUGUACAUGGUAUUGAUGAUCCCUUUCACCAAGAACAUUUUCCCAAGGGCUCUGGAUGCAACUAACAUUCAUGACUGAGAACUUAACAGUGACCCAAGAAUCCAGAAUUACUAUGAUAGUUUUACUGGGAAUUUGGUUCGUGACAUGGGUAUGAUUUAAAACUCAACUACGCCGAUAUAUGUUUUAUUAUCCUCGGCAGAAAGCACUUGGCAAGGGCAAGGAGAGGUUAGACCAUAUAAUGCAGCCAAGAAGGUGAACGUUUUGCAUUUAUCAAACUCAACUGCGUAGAGAUGGAUGUGAUUUAUGCCAUCAGCGGAGGGUUUUCUGAUGGUGGUCUAUCAAUAUAGCCACUUACGCAUUGUACAAUUAUUGUUUUGCUACGCCUAUUACGCAAAGCUAAUAGUCUUUAUCUGCUCCCCUCCCGACUCCAUGACUGAAAUAAUUUUUGAGUAAUUUGUAUAAAUGUCUAUUGCAGUCAGUCAUGACUUUGUAAUUUUAAAUAACGUCACCUCGUUUCUCUUUGGUGGGGAUCACCUCUUCCUUUUGAUCAAAUAAAGCUCUUCAAUUUUUCAGAAGCAAACAAA